CCUUCUGCUGGGGCUGGUCUGCCCACGGCCCCGCGCUCGCUCUCCCCGUUGGCUUCCGGCGGCGGGCGGAAGUGGCGGUGCGGCGAGCUGCCAUGGAGGAAUGAGGGAGUGCACGGCCAGCCGACCCGACCGCCGCCAUGGAAACGGUGCAGCUGCGGAAUCCGCGCCGGCAGCUGAAGAAGUUGGAUGAAGACAGUUUAACCAAACAGCCUGAAGAAGUAUUUGAUGUACUGGAGAAGCUUGGAGAAGGCUCCUAUGGCAGUGUGUUCAAAGCUAUUCAUAAAGAAACAGGUCAAGUCGUUGCCAUUAAACAAGUUCCUGUGGAAUCUGACCUGCAAGAGAUUAUAAAGGAAAUAUCCAUAAUGCAGCAAUGUGACAGUCCUCAUGUGGUGAAAUAUUAUGGCAGCUAUUUUAAGAACACAGACCUGUGGAUAGUCAUGGAAUACUGCGGUGCUGGAUCGGUGUCUGAUAUUAUUCGAUUACGAAAUAAAACUCUCACAGAGGAAGAAAUUGCUACAAUAGUACAAUCAACACUGAAAGGACUAGAGUACCUGCAUUUUAUGAGGAAAAUACACAGGGACAUCAAAGCUGGAAAUAUAUUGCUAAAUACCGAGGGGCACGCUAAGCUUGCAGAUUUUGGAGUGGCAGGACAACUUACGGACACUAUGGCAAAGCGGAACACGGUUAUAGGGACCCCGUUUUGGAUGGCUCCAGAGGUGAUUCAAGAAAUUGGGUAUAAUUGUGUUGCAGACAUCUGGUCUCUGGGAAUCACUGCAAUAGAAAUGGCUGAAGGCAAGCCACCAUAUGCAGAUAUUCAUCCUAUGAGGGCAAUUUUCAUGAUUCCUACCAACCCGCCUCCAACGUUCCGGAAGCCAGAGCUUUGGUCAGACAAGUUCAUGGACUUUGUAAAACAGUGUCUUGUCAAGAGCCCAGAGCAGCGUGCCACUGCAACACAGCUUCUGCAGGUCUGCCUUUUCUUAUGGGAAUGUAAGCUCCAGAGUAGGCUUGCUGCGCAUCCAUUUGUUAAAAGUGCCAAAGGAGUAUCAAUUCUGAGAGACUUGAUUAAUGAAGCAAUGGAUAUCAAGCUGAAACGUCAAGAGGCACAACAGCGUGAACUAGAUCAAGAAGAUGAAGAAAAUUCAAACCUCCCUUACAGAAACUUUCUGCUACACAAGAGCCACCGACAGAAACCUGAGGAAGAAGAUGAAACAGAUUCAGGUACCAUGGUGAGGGCAAGUGGCGAUGAAACUGGUACCAUAAGAGCUGUCAACACAAUGAGUGGUGGAGCCAACACAAUGAUAGAACAUGGUGGUACCUUGGAAUCCCAGUUGGGUACAAUGGUCAUAAACACAGAAGAGGAAGAGGAGGAGGGCACCAUGAAAAGGAAGGAUGAAACAAUGCAGCCUGCCAGACCAUCAUUCCUUGAAUAUUUUGAGCAGAAGGAGAAGGAGAAUCAAAUCAAUAGCUUUGGGAGGAAUGUGUCUGGCCCUACAAAAAAUUCAUCUGAUUGGAAAGUACCACAGGAUGGAGACUACGAAUUUCUAAAGACGUGGAGUGUCGAUGAACUGCAGAGGCGGCUCUCAGCCCUGGACCCCAUGAUGGAGCAGGAGAUUGAAGAAAUCCGCCAGAAGUACCAGUCAAAGCGGCAGCCAAUCCUCGAUGCCAUUGAAGCCAAGAAGCGGCGGCAGCAGAACUUCUAAGCCACUGGUAGAAUAUCCUUCCAUCCUCAAACAAUCAUCUCUUUGCUUUUAUGACUACUAAACAGGUUGAUUUCUAUUGAAAUACGCUAGCAAAAUAGAGGGCAAUACUUCUGCUCAUUUAUUUUUCCAUAGCACCUUUGUGAACUCAGGAAUGCCAUUAAGUGGAAAAUCCUGAUGGAAUGUUUUAAUGUUAGACAUAUUUAAAACAUUGUUCCGAAGGAGUUUUAUUACCUUUUUUUUAGGGGGGUUGUUUUUAAUUCAGAGCAACAGAUAGAAAUAGGCUGAUGGAAAUUGGCUCAUUCUCUUUUCAACUGAAUUUUCGGUAGUCGAUUUUGGUUUAAGUUAGUAUGGAUUCUAGUAUUUAACAGCUGCGUCUUUUGUGGUUUGUUUGUUUGUUGUUUUUUUUUGUUUGUGAAUGCACAGACUCUGUUUCAAGCUCUCAACUGUAUCUUUCUACUGUUAAGGUACUGAUAAGUUUUAGCUCACAGAAGAGAGCAGAUGAGAAGACAUACAAACUGUUCCAGCCUUUUGAAAGAAACUUUAAAUCUCAUUUUUUAAAAAGCCUAUAAUAAGCCCCAUGCCUUACACCGUGUGCUUUAACCAGGUGUGGUUUCUUCAAGAUCUCAGUUUUGUCCUCUUUUUGUGUACCUUACAAAUCAAUAAUGGUAGAUGAAGCAUGUUGUGCCUCCAUCAGAAAUUACAUUCUGCAGUUUAAAAUCAACACCCACUUGAAACAAAAAGCCAGUUCAAUUCCCCUUAAUCUCUCUGAUUGAAAAUGUCCUUCAGGGAGUCCCUGCUGACAGUGCAGUACAGGAAAAGAAGACAGUAUUGGAAUGGGUAGAAAUUGUGUGAAACUCUCUCAAGAUCUAGAUACUUCUGUGUCUGAGAGGACUUGAAAAUCUCUGCAGUUUUGAGAUAAUUUAUAGGCUUCAUUUCAGAUUUAUAUCUUUGGAUGCUUAAAUGAAAACUAGAAUUUCACAAUCCUUCACAUUUCUGCAAGGUUUAGCACAUCGGAAAAGUUGAACUAGGAGUAAAGACUUCGUUGAAUUAACAGAGAUGUGUAUUCAUGGUGGUGGGGUGAAGGCAGAAUUGUCUGAAUGAGCAAUUACUAAAGUCCUCCUGAAAGAGAUGCAGUCUCUUCUGCUUCCUCUUGUCUUAGUUCUUUAAAUUUCCCUGCCAUUCCUGCCCAGUAUAGCUCAAUCAACGACAAGGCCCCAGCGUGUACAAUCGCUGUGAUGAUGGUGCAAUGGACUCACACUGACAGAGUGGAGAGUAAAACAGAAGAAGAAAAGAAGUGAGCCUAGUUUGCAGGGCAGAGACCAAGUGAUGCCUUUGCCCCAUGGGCUGUGACAGUGGAUAUAUCCAGCAUAUGAUGCAAUAUUUGGAUAAAGUAGGUGUUUCUACCGAUUUAUUUUCAUUUUGCUCUGAUAGAGGGAACAGUUGCCACCUCAUUCUUCUGAAAUAGGCCUUGCACAUCACCUAGAUAAUUAAACUAUAGCAGUGUCUCCUGAAUCAAAUGCUGCUAGAGAGAUGAAGUGUUCAUUGAACACCUCCACAGGCUCCUUUUUCCCCUUUUCUUAGCUGCUGUUAACAGGUAUAUUCCAUUGCUGUGAAAGGAACCAAGCCAUUCUUGCCCCCUCUGUAGAUCUGGUUGCAUCAGUUUGUCUCAGUUCGAUAUGGAGUGCAAACACAGACAUUUCAGUGAUCAGCAAACCAGCUGUCUCUGAGGGAGAAGAGAGGCAGCAAGCAGUGUAUCUAGGGUGCUGGAGUUACUACAUCCUGGGAAAACCAGCUAUUUGAUGUCCUCAAGUACUGGGAAAAUUUUGAAUUGGGAAAGCCUGGUAAAGAAAAGCUUCAUUGUUGUUUGAAGAUUAAAAUGCUUUAGUCUGGAUGCUCUAAUGAGGUCUAGUGAAGUGCUGUGUGAACACCAGGGCUCAUACAGUGUUCAUCUGAAAUCUGUGCAAUACAUUUUGCCCUAGAUGUGUUUAUUCUGAGCAAUGUUCUUGAGCCCUUCGCAUCAAAGGAACCCGACAACUUAGAAGGGAGUUCUGUGAUCAAGUGUUGAUCUUACAUUGGGUGUUUGGAUGGAUCCAGCCCAACUCCUCUGGUGUGAUAUAUGUGUGAAUGUGUGUGACAUGGGGAAUGGUGCACUGCAUGCAUGUAGCGUGGAUCAAGCAGAUUCUGCUGGAGCAGUUUUACCUCUGCACUGUGUAGGUAACUUUCUAGUGAUCAGAGGGCAUUAGAAAACCCAAAGUUUAGGUGAAACACCACAGGGUGGUGUCUGCUUACAGAAUGUGCAACCUGUGACUGCUGUAACUGAAUGUAAGCACUCUUGAAAUACUCUGCUUUGCUGAUGCGAUUGUCUUAAAUUACAGCAAAUGAACCAAAAUAGGUAAAACUGGUCCAAUGGCUUAACUGUCUUAGAACCUUUCUUAAAUGCGUGCAGCGGCUGACACUGGAUGAUGUUUGCACCUGGAGCAUUAAUGCAGAGGAAUUAUUUUCUCCUUCACUGAUUUUCAGUCUGUUAGAGAAAAUAAUUCCUUUUUCUGUUCCUUUAUAGAGUCUCUGGGAACACAGUACCUGCUCAUUUUUCAGAGUCACCAGACUAAGACCAAGGCUCAUACCUGAAGGGAAAACUGUUCUAACGAAGUUGUAAAGCAAAAUAUUUGCUGCAUUCAUGUGCUCCUUGGGUCAGCAAUGUGCAUUGCUGAAAGUGUUCUGGACAAUCUAUUGUCUUUGCUUCUAAAACUCAGACAUACAGAUGAUAUCAGUCAUGUGAGACUUAAAAAUGUGAAGUUUGUAGCUUUAACUUCUUUUGCAACAAGUAGCAACACUGGCAUAAAGUGCUGACUUGAAAUGCUAUUUUGUGAGAUCUGGCUGUUUGUAUAUAAGUAUUGGGUCAUUAGUUUGUAUAUGUAUGAAAUAGUAACUUUUAUUGCAUUCCUCUGAGUUUGAUACAGGAGAUUUUGUUUGAUCUUUCUCAAAUAUCUUGCCUUAUUUGUUCAAAGGGGCAAAUAAACUGUCCUUACCUGAAAGCAUCA